UCAGUAAUUUUCAUGGUGGCAGUUCACGCCUGCGGAUGCUCUAUACGAUUACCCUAAGCCGAUCUUAACCUCAUAUGAACGGGUAUUUUACAAAAAUCUCCAAAAUAAAUACACGGUGAUGAGCAACUGUGGAUGCUGCGAGCGUUAACCAGCGUAGCGACUACACAGAGAGACCGAGAGCCAAACAAAGUAAAGGCCGAGUGCGAAUCGAGCGUUUGGAGUAAAAACUCUGAGGCAGUAUGUUUAUUAUGAGCACGCGGUAAACACGUAUCUAUUUCGAUGCUCCGCGGCUCGUGUUGUUCAAAAUACAAAACACAAAAUAUUAAAACUUUCGGCUAAGUUCUGACAGAGUUGAAUAGAGUAUACGUGCCUAAUGCAAGCGCGCAACUUAAAUGCAAAUGGCAAAAACGCAAUUAAUGCCAGUCAUACCGAAAGGUACCGUCAAGAUCAAGAGUCAUCCGUGCGUCUCUUAACAAUACCACGUGCCGCACCUAAGAUUGAGGAUUAUGGAUUUUGUUUGACGCGCAGCAAGUGGGACCCAUAUCCUUGGGUUUGUGAGGUGGCCGCGGGCACACCUGCCUCGCUCCGUGGCCUAAAGGCCGGUGAUUGCAUUUUAAAGGUUAACGGUGUAGAUAUUCUUGGUAUGAGGAUAGCCGAAGUUUCCCAAAUUGUUAAAAGCCAAAGAGAUCACGUUACAAUUUUGUGUUGGAAUAGCGACUAUGAAUUCGACUGCGACGAGAACAGCAUCAGCUGCGUACCCAUGCCAACCAGUCUGAAACGGCUGGUCAUUAUUGUAGACAGUAUUCUGAAAGCUAUAGAAUGUCCUGUGUGCAAUUCUAUUAUAACACCUCCAGUUAUGCAGUGCCAGAAUGGACAUGUGCUUUGUCUCGAGUGCCGCAUUCGUACUGAAAAAUGUCCUAUCUGCCGCGGUUUUUUCACUCCCAUUCGUUCAACUAUCGCCGAAGAGAUAUAUUCAAUCAUUGCUUUCGCCUUUAAACAAUGCCGACCGGAAGGUAAAUUGCGCCAUAGGGUAUUUGGCAACAUGACAUUAAUAAAAGCUAAGACUUGUGAUCUAUGUUUGACGACUGGCAGUACGAAAGCUUCGCCAUUCACCUUGAGCAAGCGCAUCGAUGUACCAAUAAAUAAAUUUGUAGGCAAAAUUUUUCAGGCGCCAGCAAGUUUCCUUGAAAAUGCAGACCAACAACACCCAAUACUAACUAAGAAAGCAAUACUAAAAUAUUCAAAUGAAUUUGGAACGACAGCGCGCGGCUUGCCGGAGAAAGAAGAAAGAGAUCUCUAACUAUUUAGAACUUCUGUGGUCACAGUCUAAAAGCGACAGCUCGUAAGAUGUGCAUUGAAUAAUUACGCCAAAGUGUCCCUUUAAACACUUGGUAGUUGCACGCUACUGACUAAAGCCCAAGUUUUUCUUUUACUAAUUUAAUUAAUUGUACUAACCACCUGUUAAGCAAAUCCCCAGCUACAGCUACUGAGUAAAUGACUGACAACUGAUGGCACUCGCAAAGUACACAAAAGCAACUGAUAGGGCUCUUUGUGUUGGCGCAGCUCAAUAUAAAUGCAUUUCUUAAUAUGUAAAUAUAUAAGGCUUUCAACAAUUUAUUAAUGAACAGUUUAUGACUGAAAUGUAAUUUCAUUAAUAAAAUUAUUUAACGAUUCAA